AUGGUAGAAGCUUCUGCACUUGUGCUUAUAAGAGAACCAGAAGAACUAGAAGAACCAAAAGGACCAGAAAGAUGUAUUCUUGCUUCUUACGCUGCUUCGUUAUCAUUACCAUUCUAUCAAUUUGGUGACAACAUAACAACCAGGCAAAUUAAAAACUUAUUAUCGGCAUACUUAAAUCAGAUUACUGAGACCGAGAGCUUAGUUAAUAUUUAUUGCGAUAGAUUUUUUGCUGAGAACAAGACGGUAGUGCUAGCUGCUAGCCAGAAAAAUUUCUGCAUUUUAAUGAUGAUUUUUGCAAAUGAGAGAAGAAUAAUCCGUCAAUUUAGCAGCAAUAAACUGACGGAUCAAACAACUGUUGUUUACAACAACAAACUGAGAAAUCAUAAUGAUGCCAGGAGGAGUAAAUUAUCAUGA